AGAAAACACUUGAUUUGCCUCUGAAGAAACCGACGAUUCUUUGUCUCCAACCCUCCAUUUAUUCACAUGAACGAAACCCCAACAUCUCUCACACCUUCACACAUCCACUUAAGUGACAAAACAAAGCAAGUCUCACAUUCUCACAGAGAGAGAGAGAGAGAGAGAGGGAGGGAAGAGAUUUUUUGUAGAAGAUCAUGGGAAAGAAGCUGGGGCUAGUGCAUUGGCUAUUGUUAAUGCAAAUGCAAUAUUAUUGCUUAUAUGGAGCAUUAACGGGGGCGGCCACGGCGCAGGAGAAGGCGGAGGCGGCGAUCCCGAUCAUGACGAUGUCCCCUCCGGAGGGCAAUACGACUUUCCUCGGCGGCACGACGUGGUGCGUGGCCCUCGCGGGCGUCCCCCAGGCCGACCUCCAGAACGCGCUGGACUGGGCCUGCGGGCUCGGUAUGGCCGACUGCAACCCGAUCCGAGAGGGCGGGCGGUGCUUCGAGCCGGACACGCUCGUGUCCCACGCCUCCUACGCCUUCAACAACUACUACCAGCAGAACGGCAACUCCGACAUCGCGUGCAACUUCGGCGGGACCGCCACGCUCACCAGAAGCGACCCGAGUUACGGAAAAUGUGCCUACUCCGCAUCCAGCAUGGCCUCAUCCGCGCCGCCACGGCCCGAGCACGGUCCUGGCCUUUCCGGGCACAAAUUAGCCGGGAUUGUGCUGGUGUUCUUCUUAAGUAGGCCUUGUUCCUUGCUGCUGUGAGAUCAGACGCGGCUGCAAAAGAUACCUUGGAGCGCUUGAUGUUGUAUCGUCUUAUUAAUAUCGGCUCAGUUUUGUUAGCAUUUUAACUAUUUUGGCCAUCUAAAUUUUCUUCACAUUCCUCUUGUCCAAAUGAAAAGGGUGCUACUAAGGAGGAGAUCCCCAACGCCAGAGGCCGAACCGAUAUCGAAAAGUUCAUGAGCAUCGUUCCAAAUCUAGAAAACCUAAAACUUACCUUGUUGAUUGUACUUCAUUUGAUAUUUCUAAUAGCAUGUUAUUUGGGAA